AUGCCGUCCGCAACCCCCCCCCCGCCGCGCAUCCUCCUCCUCGACGCCUACGACUCCUUCACCGCCAACCUCGCCUCCCUCCUGCGCACCACCACGCACGCAACAGUGCACACCCUCCCCAUCGACGCCCUCCCCCUGCCCACCCUCCUCCAGCACCUCCCCUCCUUCGACGCCGUCGUCGUCGGGCCGGGCCCCGGCCACCCCGCAAAGCCCACCGACAUCGGCGUCGCCUCCUCCCUCUGGCACCUCCCCGGCCAGCACACCCUGCCCAUCCUCGGCGUCUGCCUCGGCCACCAAAGCCUCUGCCUCGCCUUCGGCGCCGCCGUCCGGCGCCUCGCAACCCCCAAGCACGGCCUCGUCUCGCCCGUCACCCACACCGCCACGGACCUCUUUGCCGGCGUCGGCAGCGUGCGCGCCGUGCGCUACCACAGCCUGCAUGCCGUGCUGCCGCCGCCGCCGCCGCCGGACCACGGCGCCCCGCUCGAAGCGCUGGCCUGGGCGCACGACGCCGAGAACGGCCAGGUGCUGAUGGCGGUGCGCCACCGCGAAAGGCCGUUCUGGGGCGUCCAGUACCACCCCGAGAGCAUUUGCACGGCGGGCGGCGGCGCGGAGGUGGUGGCCAACUGGUGGGCGCUGGCGCGCGCGUGGAACUGCGCGCGCGGGCGGCGGAGCGUGGGGCUGCGUCCGGGGUUGGGGGGGGGCGGCGGCGGCGCAGCUGCUGAGCGGGGGCUGGCAGCGCGGCAGGCGGAGUGGGAGCGGGCGAGCGGUGCGCGGGCGCUGGUUGUGGAGAAGGGGGAGAGGGUCGGGCGGCGGGUGGCGACGCGGGCUGUGGCCGCGCGGGGGCUGCAGGCGACGAGGGUCGCGGAGCUGCUGGGCGUGCAGAGCGCCGACGAGUUUGUCGUGCUGGACUCGGCGGCGGCGCCGGGGCGGUGGUGCAUCUUUGCUGUGCUGGCGCCGGGCGUGACGAGAGUGAUUACCUACAGCGUCGGCGACGCGGCUGCCGUGCUGUCGCGCGUCGGGUCCAGCGCGCGCACCGAGGUGCCGCUGGCCGACUACGAGGGCUGCAUCUGGCGCUUCCUGGCCAAAUACAUGCACGCCCGCACCGCCACGGGCGGGUGCGCAGAGUCGCCCUUCUGGGGCGGGCUCGUGGGCUACUUCAGCUACGAGGCCGGCGUGGCCUCGCUGGACAUGCCCGUGGCCCGCGGCGACGAGAGGCCCAGAGUCCCCGACGUGAGCCUGGCGUUCGCGCAGCGGAGCAUCGUGCUCGACGCCGACACGGGGCGCGCCUACGUCCAGACGCUGCUCCCCCGCGACGACGACUGGCUGGCGGCCACCGCGCAGCGCCUCACACUCGCCGCCGCCGCCGCCGCCGCCGCGCCCACGCCCGCGCCCACGCCCACCACGCACUUCCCCACCGUCAUCCGGCCCUCGCAGCCGUGCUACCUCGCCGCCAUCGCCGCCGCGCAGGACCACCUCGCCGCCGGAAACUCCUACGAGCUCUGCCUGACGUCCAGCACCAAGGUCCUGCACCCGCGCCCCGCGCCCCACCCCUGGACGCUGUACACCAGGCUGCGGGCGCGCAACCCGGCCCCCUACGGCGCCUACCUGCGGCUGUCCGGCGCAACGCUGCUCUCCUCCUCCCCCGAGCGCUUCCUCUCGUGGAGCCGCAGCCACGCCUGCCAGCUGCGCCCCAUCAAGGGCACCGUGCGCAAGUCCGCCGCCACGACGCGCGCGGCCGCCGAGCGCGUCCUGCGCUCGCCCAAGGAGACGGCCGAGAACCUGAUGAUUGUGGACCUGAUCCGGCACGACCUGCACCGCCAUGCGGGCGACAGCGUGGCCGUGACAAAGCUGAUGCAUGUCGAGGAGUACGCGCACGUGUACCAGCUGGUCUCGGUGAUUGAGGGCCGGCUGGAGGGCGGGCGCACGGGCUUCGAUGUGUUGGCGGCGUCGCUGCCGCCGGGGAGCAUGACGGGGGCGCCGAAGCGGCGGAGCGUGCAGUUGCUGCGCGGCAUUGAGGGCGGGGAGCGGGGGCUGUAUAGUGGCGUUGUGGGGUACUGGAGUGUGUGUGGGGCGGGGGAUUGGAGCGUGGUGAUUCGGAGUGCGGUGAGGGUGGAUGAGGAGGUGGAGGCGGGGUGCGAUGUGUGGAGGGUUGGGGCGGGGGGGGCGAUCACGGCGUUGAGUGUGCCGGGGGAGGAGUGGGAGGAGAUGGUGGUGAAGGCGGAGAGCGCGUUGAGGGCUUUUGUGGGUUGA